CCCACCCUCCCACACCUCCCAGCGCCAGCAGAGGUGUAGGCAAGGAAGCAAGCGCGAGCCGAGCUGCAGGGGCGAAGGCAUAAGAACAGGGCUAGCAGUAGCAGCGACCGCCCCCCACGGUGGUUUCUGACGAGAUGGCGGCGCCCAUGAGCCGGGUGUGGGCGGCGGCCACGGUGGCCGCCGUGCGGGCGCAGCGGGAGAGGGCGCCCUCCGCCGGGGCGCGGGACCGGCUGGCGGGGCUCGCCCCCCAGGCGGCGGCGCUGGCCGGGGCGCGCGCGGCCGCCGGCGACGGCCGCAGGCAGGCCGGCGCCGACGAGUCGCUCCGCAAGGCCAUGUACCUCAGCUGCUGGGGCCCCAGCUGAGUGAGGAUAAGCCUUGUGGCCCGUGGGGCCCUCGGCCCAUGUGGAUUGGAUGCUCCAGUGCCGUUGAGAUGCUGGGGGUUCUGGUGAUUGGGAUGAAACAUAGCAAAGCUGGGACGACUCUAGGGUGACUUGUACAUAUGCUUCCUGUAAAUAUCUCAUGGGACUAAUUGGGGAAAAAUAAUCAGAAUCGCUCGGCUCCCUUCUUAUUUGCAA